AUGGGUAUGACAACUAAACAACAUGGACACGGUCAUCAUGGACACCAUACUGGACCCACUCACGAACCCAACAUCAACGAGAGCUUCAUGUUCCGCUACGAUGCACACUCGCACACAUUAGGAGUAAAAACCAAUAAGAUGUGUUACCUGUACAUGCUGACAGCAGAUGAACAAACCAGCAUCCACACAUCAACUGGACUUCACACCAUCGAGAAGACCGCCAUUGACCUUAUUGAUGCUAACGGCUCCUUCACCGCCGUCUCCUCCACAGAUCUCAAUACCAUGAGUCAUGGUUUGGCCCACUUCUGUGGAAAAUUGACCGCUAUGAGACUGAAUUAA